UGGCUGCAGUUAAAUGGCUAUCAGGUGAGCCUAAGUUAUCAAAACAAAUUACACUGAAGAGUUACUGCAGUUACAAAGAUGUCAGUUAAUUUUUUAUAACCUGUUCACUUGAAUUUCUCUUUUGUUCGUUUGGCCUCUGAUGUUUUCAGAUUAUCCUUCAUGAGGACGUUCAACAGAUACCAGUUUCAGUUUCCCUCAUUUUGACAGCUGUUCAGGAAUCAAUAAUACCAUCGAAAUCAAUGUGAUGGAUUUUCGCCGUCAUUCGAUCCAAUCUUUGAAAUCUUUGAAAUCAGUUAAAUCAAUCAAAUCUUCAAAAGAAGCAUCAAACUUAUCCAAAUGUCUUCUAGCUGGUAAGAAUUGGUUUGAUACUUAUCUGGCCUACCAAAAAUCAUUGCUACCCGUUGAUGAAUCUACAUUUAUUCUUGACAUAUUACGUGAUUUGUUUGAUGGGGAGGUGAAUGACUCAAUUAAAUUACACCUUCUAUCACUUUUGGAACAAUACUUCUGGCUAGUCUCAGAUGUUGAAAAGCUAGAACAAACUAUCGGAUCAUUGAUAAAUGUAUUUCAAUCUAGUAAAUCCAGUGACAGUGUUAAAUGUAGAUAUCUUUAUACCUGUACCGUUUUAUGGACAUGUCAAAUCGAGCUUGUUAAUGACUCUCUUGAAGGUUUGCUAAAAAGUUUUACCAAAACAUUGGUAAAUCUGUUAAAUGGUAAAGACAACAAAAAUUUGUCAAAUGCUGCGUGCCAAUGUCUGAUUCAAUUGGAAGAAACUAGACCGGGAAUUAUCUUCAGAAAUGUUCCAGAUGCUACUAUUCCUCGAAUCCAUCCAACUUUGUUGUGCCUGUUAUUGAAAAAUGGUUCUCAAUUUGAUCCAACUAUAGUUAAGCAACUUAUUGGUAGUCUGCCUCGAUAUAACACGGAUCCUUACCGCCUACAUAUAAUAUUAAAUUAUCUAUCGGAUUUAAUGGAAAGCAAGAAACAAGCAACUCUGACUCCAUUAGUUUUCAAACAGUUUCUGCCAUUCUUCAUUCAUUCAACUGAGGCAUUCCAUCUUCAUUUUUCUCUUCUACUAUUACGAUCCUUUGGUCUUGAACUUUUCUCAACAAACGAGGAACUUGGAUUACUACAUCGUCUAAUCAGCUUGUGCACUCACCCAUCUUUAAUUAUUGCUCAUCGACUUCUAUUCCUUGAUUUUGCCAAAUCUUUAUUGCCAAUCUUAAAAUCAUCUCAUCUUGCUGAUCCCCAUUUAUUCGCAUUGGGUCCAUUUGACGGUCCUGAUACUCAAGAGAAGAAACUCAUGAUUCUUUGUCAAACAGAAAUUUCAGAUAGUGAUUUGAUUACAUACUUGAAAACAAUUGAAUCUAUCAGCAUUAGCCAAUCUAAUCGCAGAGCAACCAAUGCACUCUAUCGUCAACUACACUUCUUCUUGACUGUUCGACCAGGAUUACAAAAUGAAAUUGAACCUCUUCUUAUCUCGAUGAUGAUGGCCUCUCCUUCAUUGCAUAUCCCAUAUGGUUUGUGCCUUCUUGAUCGACAACCUGCUCUUUCAGCCCGUGUUUCAUCCUCUCUUGUUCACAAGCUAUUGAAUAUGACAAAUUUGGUUGGAGAUGAAAAUAAAUCUCGUUUGAAAGAAUAUUUUCUUGCGAUAAAAUGGAUCUUGAAGCAACCAAGAAAAUUGUUGGACUCUGACAAAAUGCUUGAUACUUUAAAUUUUUGUUAUGAUGCAGCGAAACAAUUUCCUCACCUAUGCAAAGACCUGCUAUCCAUUAUUGCAGUUGUUAUCCGGCACCAGACUAUUGAUGAUAAGCUGAAAAGUUUACUUAAUGAGAUACUCGACAUGUUAAUGAAAAACAAAAAUCGUGUUACUAUAUCAAGUUGGUCUCAAAUUUACUCAAUUGCUUUAAACACCUUGCCAAAUCAAGAGAAUCUGAGAAAAGUUUUCUGUGAAGAAAUUUCUGACGAUGACAACCUUCCUUUAGUAGUUGUUGAUCCUAAAUCAAAUUCAAUUCCAUUGACAGUCCAUGAGAUUAAAUGUACAUUGGAACCUGUUGAGGUGGACUGUGAAUUUUUAGCAAUUCCUUAUACUCUAAAAGUUUCAUUUAACAGUGGAACCAUGGACGAAGAUAUUAUGUCAAAAUUAUUUGGUAUUGAGCUUAGAUUAUCCUGUCCUAUUCAAGAGAUUGACACUGUGAUCAAUAUCCCUUGCCUUGGAAAAGAUGAUUUUAAAGUCUUUCAGCUUAAACUAUCUCCAAUUCGUGUAAAACCAUUUACUUUAAAUUUGGACCUUCGUUUUGGUGAUAUCAAUGGCGUCACAUAUUGUUGCCCACAAUUUACCAGCGAAUUUUUUUCAUUUGAUCGUUUUAUGAUUCCCGUCAGGUGCUCAGAAGCUCAGUUUGACAAACAAUGGAAUUUUUUGAUAAAGCAAGUGCAGUGCCAUCUUACUGUCCAAUGUUUUCGCAAUUACAGCGGUCUUGAUCAAUUCUUGAAUGACCAUGAAAAUUUUAAAAGCUAUGAAAUUGCACCCGGUAAAUUUGUGAUUGGAGUUGUUCCAAACAAGAUGUUACUAAUCCGAUCAAUUGUUGUCAAUGGAAAUCUUAACUUUCGUAUGCUCACUAAUUUGGACAAAAUUUUAAAAUAUUUGUAUUAUCAGUUCAAACAGAACAAUUAGAAGAGAAAAUAUGAAUGUUAUGCAAAAAAAUACAAAUAUAUCACAAAUUGCAUCCAAAUAAUUGCACUAUCAAAUCAUCAUUCGAAUUGUAAAUUUUCUAUUUUAUAUUGUUAAUGUUUACUUUGUCUCAUCUUUAUCAAGGUUUUAUACAUUAAAUUUGUCUAUCGUUAAAGCAAA